AUGGCCAAGGAUAGCCUAGAGUGCCUAGGGACACGAUACUACUGCCAAAGUUGUCAGAGACAAAGGAAGCAGCCCCCAUUGAUCAAAGAUUUGAAUGCGUUCCAGGGUCCUCACCAUUUGAAGCAUGAACUGGAGGAGAUCGUAGGUGAUGGUAACCCACAGGAUGAUGCCGUUGUCUUGUACAUUGUCAUGGUUCACAGAUACAAGAUAGAUAGUGUUUUCCAGACAGCCCACGAGAUCAAAUCCAUGCUGCAAUCACAACCCAAUGCAGUGGAAACAUCACUUGUGGGUCUCCUUGUGGAAUGUGAGGAAGAAUUCGAAUGGAGUCGUGUACAACAACAUGCCCUGGGGAGCUCCCUCUUCAAAUGGGUCCUCCAUAUCGCCUCCAGGAAUAUCCCACCUGCCCUUCUUGGCACAUCAGUGGCAACGUUCGUUAUGGAGUCAUUUGAUCGUGGGGACCCUGCCCAAGCAAGACUGAUAGCAUUUAAGGGCUCCUUCCAGACUGCCUACCUGGUUUUGAUCCAUGCUCUUGUGGGAAAGGGGAGUGGAUGUGGGAGCGGUGGCAUAGAAUUCCUGGGAGCCCGACUGAAUUCCGGCAGUUCACAUGCUCAGACAUUGUUUGCAAAGCCUGCAGGCGAAAAGCAAGGCUUAUCCUCCACUCAGAUACGACUUCAUCCAUUUUUCUCUACCCGGAAGCUGCUCCAGCUCCCCAACGACCCAACUGGAUCCAAGAUCAUUUUGAAAUGCAAGUUCCAUUUGCAUUUCCAUCGGGAAAAGUCCAGGAAAGAGGCAGCAAUCUGA